AUGUCUGUAACCAAGAUUGGAUGGAUUGGCACAGGAGUGAUGGGCAGAUGGAUGGCAGAGCGUCUUAUAAAAGCAGGCCACAAACUUUCAGUCAACAAUAUCCCACGAGAAAGAACCGAGCCACUGCUACAAUUGGGUGCUCAGUUUAAGUCAGUCCCAGAAAUCGGAGAAUCCUGCGACGUCGUAUUUACAAUGGUUGGGUUCCCACACGAGCUUAAUGAUCUAAUCCUCAGUCAAAAUGGCCUCUUAAAAUUCAUGAAACCUGGCACCUUGCUAGUAGACCAUACUACAUCUAGUCCUCAUUUGGCCACAAUUAUUGCUGCAGAAGCUUCAAAAGUUGGAGUCACAUCAGUUGAUGCCCCAGUCUCUGGAGGCGACGAAGGCGCCAAAAACGGGAAAUUAGCUAUUAUGGUAGGAGGAGAAAAAGCUGGAUUUGAAAGAGCAAAACCUUUAAUGGAUAAUUAUGGAAUCAAUAUCAGACAUAUGGGAAAAGCUGGAGUUGGGCAACACACUAAGCUGACGAAUCAAAUUGUACUAGCAGGCAAUAUGAUUGGAAUGGUAGAAGGAAUGAUGUAUGGAUGGAGAGCUGGCCUUGAUGUAGAACAGAUGAUUGAUUUAAUUUCUACCGGGGCAGCUGGAUCGGUUUACUUUAAAGCAGUUGCUCCAAAAAUUGCAAAAGGAGAUCAUAGCCCUGGAUUUUAUGUGCAGCAUUUUGUGAAGGAUUUAGGAUUGGCUCUUGAUGAAUGUAAGAGGAUGAAGAUUGUGCUGCCUGGGCUUACUAUGGCAAAUCAAUUCUAUUUAAGUAUGGUAGCUAAUGGAGAAGAAAAACUUGGAGUGCAUGCUUUGGUGAAGGUCUUGGAGAGAUUGAACAAUGUUAAGUUUGGACAAAAGAUUGAUUAA